AUGGAUGCGUGCAUAAAGUUGCUCGCUCUAACUGCACGUAGGUCACCCAUUUCGUGUUUUUUACAUGAAUUUGAUAAAAUUAAACUGGAUCUCCCCUCUACGAUACUUCUAGCCAACCAUAACCAUUCAUCUCCAUCUCGAGCAUAACCUGUAACUUCAGUUGAGACUUGGAACAGUAAGGGCUUUGAAUGAGGAUGCUACAGCAUGGCAAUCCUUACGAAGGCUUAGAAAACAAAGUGACUAUGCAGGACUAAAACCGCCAACAGGUUGGAACUUUCAUGGUCAUUAGGAUAUUUCAAGUCUAAUUUUUCCGCAGCUUACCUUGAAAGCUUGAACGUCGCGUUUUAAAGAAUGACAAUUUAUGAGAUAUGUUUAUCUUAAAAUUUGACAGUGACAGGGAUGGUAUAACAAAAAUGACGCUUUAUUUUAGCUCAAUAUAAUAUUGCCCUCAAAAACCAUUGACAAAAUCCUGCCUAACAGCAGAAUCGUCAUUGUCGAGCUCUUUGAGGUCAGUUAUAACGAAACGUUUUGCCUGGCAAGUGUCGUUCGCAUCGUGGGACGCCGCUUAACUGGCCUCGGUUGGUGCAUAGGGUAUUUUGUAAACAUCCGUUAACUUCCUUUUAUUAAAGUGUAGCUUAAAAUACUCUAUAAACUCCGAGUCACGAAAGUGAGUUUUCUUUUUACCAUAGUGCCUGUUUAAAGUUAUGCUUUUUGACGGCCUUAGAAUUCAUAGAUGUUUUGACAGAUUUUAAAUGAUUUAUAUUGACCCAACUGCGAAGAACUCGGCGCCUCUGUGGUAUUCGAACCCACGACAGUAAGGGGAAGGCUUUAGUACAGACAACGUCCUAACCACCUGACCUACGGGGCUCCGCCGGACGACGCGAGUUUAAUCACAUUUGGAUCAAGUUACCCGCCCAAACUAUAGAAACGUCUGGAAUCCACCAAAUCUGAUACAGUAAACUGACUUCCCAAGCAGGAUUUCCUAAUUAAUUCUCCUAGAAUCCACCAGAUGACGACCAGGCUCACGUAAUUUAUAAAUGUUUUGGCAAAAUUUUGAAUAAUUCAUAUUGACCCAACUGUGAAUUAUGUCUUAGAAUUAUAAUGCAUGUUGCAUAAAACGCAACAGCUGGUCUAAUUAACGUACUCAGGUUGGCGUGAGAUGGCCAAAUAUUUUUUAUGAAGUAUCUCAAUAAAGCACCGAAAGUUUAGAACUUCUACGAUGGCUCUUCUAGCAUAAUUACAAACUGAUAAGGCAGACCAAGCUAAGAAACAUCGCAGUCUAAGAAGGGCAGUUUUGGCAAAAAAUUCCAAAAAUUGCCUUCCUAGAGGGGAAAUUUUCCUGAAACAACGGAUAUGAGUUGAAAAAAAAUCCGGGACAGUAGGGACUAUUAUUUCUGCAGAUUGCCGGUAGCGUUUUAUUGGUAGUCAUUAUAUUAUGCAUCAAAAUGUGUAAUAGGUGUAUAUGAGAAAGGUAAUAAAUUGUAUUCCGUACAUUUCUGGAGUCAGGGCAACGGUAGGGUGAGAACCCCACUUAACUGACGGUAGGCUCUGGAUAACGUCGUAUGGGCUCUUAUCUUGGUAUCCAUUUUCAGGCCGUUGCAGACAUUACAUAGCCAACAACAGUUACUUCCCCCGACCUUAAGUCAUCACCUAAACUCCGUUAGUUUCAAAAUUUACUUUUUAUUAAUUUGUUUACUACAACGCUCAUUUCCGCUUCCGCACGAAAGCCUACGAUAAGUCUUGAGGCAGAAAUCCAAACAACUUCUGUGUUUUCUUGCAUCUCGUCAACUUACCGUCUAGUGUGCUGCCCCAUCAGUAAAACUUCCCUUACCACCAAUCACGUGUGACACGAUUCACAGUCUACCGACAGUAAGUGGGUUCCUUCUCCCUACUUUCGUCAGGUCGUCGUCAUCAGAUGUAAACUAAACGUGCAAAAUGGUUAACAUUUUAUGAGUGCCUAAAGACCGGUGUUUGUUUCGUCUUGGCGACAUUAAGCGGUAGCUGAAUGCUGUCAUUUCGUCUGGACUGACUGCCAACUCGGCCAUUUCUACUUGAGAUUUUUGCAGGCUGUAUUUAAAUCUGUACGUUCAUUGAUACACGAUCUGUCCGACAAUGCGAGUUUUGUUGAGAGAGGAAGUGAACCCUGUAUCCAGGGUGCGCAUAUCUGCAUGGGACUGGGGGUCCCGCCUCUAUACUGCCAAUCAGCGGUCAUGCACGCGUGUGGAGGCAUGUUUCCAAGUUUAACCACGAUACACUUCAUUUCAUGGGAUUUUGUAGACGAUCUUCUUUUUAAGCAAAUGUUCAGGCAGUGUUUAUUUUUGAACACACUUAAAAUGUUAACUGUUUCGCACAUGUGCUCUACGCCUGGCGAUGACCUGAGGAACUGACCUCGAAAUACAUUUUUCCACCCGGCCCAAAAAAUGACUUGAUUUCAGUGUACUUUUCUGGGGACGCCAACCUUUUAGUCUAAAUGUGCCUAUAUAACUAUAAUGUGUCAAUCCUAUAAUGAUAGCAGUGCUCCUAAAAUUUUUCAGUCAUGCCUUUAACACUACCGACCACAUACCACAAUACUCCAUCGGAAAUAUUCUGUCCGUGAGAAUGCGUCCCAGUUCAAAAAUAUGAGCAUCAGACUAAACCACACUACUUAGAACAGGAAUAUGCCUAAGGCGUAGCGGUAAUUUGUUAAAAUGGCGUGCCUUAAAGGUGACUUUCAGUCCUACAGUACCAAAUUUACGGAAGAACCUCUCAUGCGCGUCCUUUCUUUCUCAAGGCGGCAUAUAAUCCUUUUUCUACGUAAUAUACCUCAUUAUCCACUUGGUUCACAUGGGACAGACUCGGUGGUCUCGGCGGGAUUUAAACUCGCAACAGCAAUACCAAGGCUCGAGCACAGCCAACGUUCAGUCGGGUCAAAUGAAUUAUUCAAAUCUGCCAAAACAUACUAAUUAAGCUACGCUUGUAGUCAUGUGGUGGAUUCUAGAUUGAUUGCUCAGGAAAUCCAGCUUGGAUAGUCAGCUAACCGCAUCAGAUUUGGUGGAUUUCAUACGCUGCAGUAGGCUGGAUGGUAAGUAGUCCUAAAUGUGAUUAAAUUCACGGCUCCCGGUGGGGUCUUGUAGCUUAGUUGGCCGAAGCGUUGGCUGUACUCGACCUUUCAACUUGCUGUCGUGGGGUCAAAUUCCACGGAGACCGCGGAGUUUUUCACAACUAGGUCAAAGGAAAUAUUUAAAUCUGAAAAAAUGCCCCACAAUGUAAUGUUGGGAUCAGAAAGAAUUGGAAAUUCACCCCACCCCAUCCGUUAAAUACAAUUAACUUAAUAUAACCUUAGUGAUUAUUGGAAGGCAGGGAAAUGUGCAGAGUUAAUUGAACUUUCCAAAGUAAAAGACGCCAAUAUUUUGCGCACACUAAAUUUUCUCCUCAGGUUUGUAAGAACGAAGGAAAGUGCGGACAUAUGCCCUGAAAUACGAAUCCUUCGAUACACAUGCAGGCGUUCACAAAAAAUGUGCAAAAUACUUUUUGUAGUUAGAGAUACAUGUCGCUUCCCUACCCUUCGGAUCUUAUUCCGGGUUGCGCCUAGCAUUACGGUUAGAAUCAGGUCGUUGGGGUUCACUCUUGAGAUUUCGAUCGAGUCUAAUGUUAGCUGUUAAUGUUUGUGUUAGGUACCAGAUAGAUUUGAUAGGUAGGGUCCGAGCGCCACGAAUUUGCACUUUCGAUGUGUGAAGAUACUUUUGCAUAUGUUCAUUAAGAGUAUGUUUGCAACUAAGCUACCGCCCAGAGGUCGCCACCCAUUAUCAGAUCUGCCACGUGCCUAAAUAUUUACUGCUGACGCCUAGCCUGCUCAGCGUAACUGUGUAAACAGUAACCAAGUGUUUUGAACAUCAGUAUUUUGAAUUACACCCUUGUGGAAAAAACGAAUAAAUUUUCCGACAAAUAUAGACCAUCUUCACUUUCGAAAAUGCGCUAGUUCCAGCAUGUUUCUCCUAUUUCAAAGUGAAAGAGGGAUCUAGGGUGUUUACCAUGUUCGCUCCAAAAACAUUUUCGUCUUUUCGAGGUUAACAUCCUAAUUAAACCUCAGAAGGGAUGAAUCUAGAAGUUCAUGUAAUUUAUGGAUGUUUUGGUUGGACAAUAUUUUAAGAGAACGUGACCUUCCUGGUUUACGUCUCUAGCCUGGAAGCUGUCUAGGCCAAAUGAACUAGAGGCGCCGGGAAAUAAACGAGAUUCAAGAGAACAUGAAUAUCAUCAGUAACAUCUAGGUCUUAUGUGGGCCAACUUCUCAAAACUGUUACGGAAAAAAAUAGUCGCAGGAAUUACUUAAGAUGCGACCUAUCAUUGAACCUUAGAAAGCUUAUAGCAGCACUUCCAUACGCGCAUACAAGUCCUUAACUAUUUUGUGAUGAGGCGAUGAACCUAUAGAACGUUAAAAUAGAGGACAAAACGCACCUUAUACGGUGGGACUGAGUUAUGUGGCCCCCUAAACAGGACAGGACUGAACCAUGCACCUGCCUAAAUGACUUUUAAAGCAGGGAAAUAAGGUUCCCUGGUCUUCUAUUACAAAAUACCUCCUUGAUAGUGGCCAUUCGGUUGACCCCAAAACGUAUUUUCGAGUAUUAGUUUGAGCGCUAACAACUCCGCUAUUGUGCUACCUGGUGGCAGCCUACGGAAGAAACCCGACCUAUGUAAACAGUUAGACGACGCGGUCAACCUCAGUUUGCCCUGGUAGACCUGAGCCCUUUUGAUUUUUCAAAAUCCCUCGGCGUGUUUACUUCCCCAUUUUCUUUCCUAUGUUGCGUUUUGAAGCUACCAUUUUAUUGAUUAGUCUACGCGCAGUAUACGAUGGCCUUGUUGUUCUACAUUGAUUUUAUCUGUCGAAAUUUAAACCUCUGCACAUUUCUCACCUGUUAUUUAUGUUAUGCAACGACAGGCUGCAGUUGAGAAGCCGUCGCGAAAUUUACUGGUACCAAUAAAUUCUUCUGUCCAUGCCUGCUUUAAAUUCAUUCCGGGGACAUAUUGCCUCAAGUUAUACAAAGUAGACAUGAGGCAUUGUAGUGAAAUAAUUUUGACUUUUUAUUUUCUAAGCCGAGAAUAAUACGGCGGUCAAAAUGCGCAUCAGGCGCUUCAUUCUUUGCCUUUGAUGGCGUUUCUUGUAUUUGCCUUACACCAUUCAACCCAUUCAUUGUUGCAUAUUCAAAACGCUUCUGGUAUGUAAACACAUAAAUCUUAUCGUAUAGGCCAACUAGGCUUUCUUCAUUGAUAAACGCAUUGUGCGCUAAUAAAAUAAACAGCCUUUGUCUUUUACACUGCUGGAAAUAUUCAUUGUAACGGUUAUUUUUCGAGAUUAUCACUCCGCUGGGGGUGGGCGAGACUGAAAUCAAAUUUAACUUCUGAUUGCUAUUUUUUGGGAUUUUACAGUCGCCAAUGUGUGCCCAGCACGAGAAGCCCAACUUGGAAAGGCACCUUUUAUGUUGGCAACAGAGCUUGAAAUGAAGCUCAACGAUCAGAUUACGCUUGAGUACGAGGCUUUCUACCUUUACGAGAAAAUGGUGAGCUCUUCAUACCGCGCUCCAUAGUUUCCGGUUUUAUAGGUUAUUUUUAUGCCACAGUUUUCCUAUUCAGCUGUCAAAUUAUGCAUGAAAGUUAUGUGCACGUUGCUGCUACGGUCCGCUUUCUAAGAACGGCUCCGUUAUUAAAUGAUAAGCAGUCGGUCCGCCAUUAAAUCACCCGGAACUUCAUUCCUAAGGCCAACUGGUAGAUGUUAAAACCCACAUCCCAUCCACUUACCUUCAUAGUUCUUACAAAUGUCUAGGGAAUAUCAGUUGCUCAACAUGCAAAGACCGAGCUCGUGUCAAUUUCUUGGAAAAGUGAGAUUAUUAACACCCAGACAGAAGGCGUUCGCAUCCAAAAUUAUUGCCGUUUGUAUUCCUUAGCGAAAAUGUUCAACCCACAUCUCCACUCUGCUCUGAGGCUUAGUAUCAAGAGUACGUUUAUGACGUCAUUGUUGACAAAACCAAAAGUUUCACGAAUAAUCCCAUAUUACAGUUGGAAAGGUAAUUGGGUAAACAAGUGUUUUCGGUACUCAUUAUCGGGCCAAAACAGUUACAUAAAAGUUCGUGGGAUUUAUAAGUAGCUCAGGGGAUAUUAACACUCAUCGUUCCAACGCCACCCUCAUGCCGAGGUCAGCGUGUUAUGGUCAUCAUUUAGGCAAGUGGGGAGGGGGAGGGUGACAUAGGCUGCGAGUGACGUGUGUACGUCGGGUACAUUCAGCACAAACCACCGCCAUCAGGAGGUUGGGGCGGCGUGUAAUGAUCCCCUGGAGUCGGCGUUGGCCACGGAAUACGGGGCGCCUGUAUCAAAGUCAUCUGAAAACAUAGCACUGGAUUCGCUAGCCGUAUAGACACUGCCUCGGCUGCAGCUAAUACUCGUUGGCAUAGGCCUCUGGAGAAGUUUGCAAGUGUCCGGUAGAAAACAUGAAGGGCUUCUUUGACAUCGACAAGGCGAUUCAUAUGGACAAGAUGUGCGAGAAUAGAACUGGAAAUCAAUUUGUUUUCACCUCCGCCUAGCCAGGCCGGGAUAUAUUCAUGUACGCUCUUUUCCACGCGCCUCGUUGUACGGCCAAUGUAGCCCGCUCCACAAGAGCAAGUGAAUGAGUAAAUACACAUCGAUGUGGCCUGCAACGGUAGUCGGUCUUUACCUCCCAAGCGUAGGGGGGAGAGUUCGUGAAACAUACACAUGAAUUCGUCGCAGGGAAAGUGCUAAUGUUCCAUGAAAAGGCAGUCUUUUAAAUAAGUCUUUCGUUUCUGCAUUUGCUAUGGUGGACUUUGCCUGGACCAAAUUGCGUUUAAAACUUAGAGGGACAAAACUGUGAAAAUUAAUGUAUUUUCCCGUCCAGGUUUUCUUUCGGAGUACCCUACGCUAGAUAGGUCCAUCCUAUUGUCUUCGCAGAAGGACAUCGAGGAACGCAACUGAAGACAUGAUGAUGGGUUCGAGUGGGAAUCCGAAACGUCAGGCCGAUAAACUUAUUCCAGUUAUCGCAUCUUAUUCUUCUUCUGAACGCGAUUUCGUUAUCUGCUUCAAACUCUGCGGAGAACUUCAGCGAGGAACGUACACUGUUAAACUUUUGAACCAGGCGUCUGUGUCGGUGGUAGGAUCUGUCAGGCAGAAAAUAUCGUCCACGUACUGACCGUAGAGGUCAAGGUCAUUAACAGUAUCUUGUAACCCCGCCUUCUCGACUUUGCCUAUGAAGAAAUAUGCGAGGAACGGACCAAGCGGUGAACCCAUCGCUACGCCGUCUAUUUGUCAGUAUUGUCGGCCAUUGCAGAAAAACUGAACAUUUUGCGUGCAACGUGUCAGUAGUUCUUUUAACGUUUCUACUGGUAUGCCCAACGGGUAGUUCGUGUCGCGGAUAACGUCACAAAGGUAGUUUAUUGUUUCUGCUAGAGGUACGUUAGCAAACGGUGAUGCUAUGUCUAAUGAUAGCAUCCUCCGUCCGUCGACGCUAAUAUCCUUGAUAGCCUCCGCAAACCUAAAGGAGUCCUUUAAACUCGGAGGGUACAAAUGACAUUGCAGUGGUUUCAUUUUUUCCACUAGCCAUUUUGCAAUGUGUGAUAAGGCGAAUUCCUCAUACUCAAGAUUGGAUGUAGUUUAGGUCCGUGUUUGUGCAUUUUUGGAAGGCCUUACAUUCUGGGUAUCGCCGUGCCUACUGGUCAUAUUCUUUGUCAGAUAAAUGACCUUCUUUGUGAAGAACUUUGAGAAUCGUCGUCAAAUGAACUUCGACGGCCUCGGUGCGGCUCCUGUCUUUCUCGGAUUUUACGAAUUUGGUACGACCCGACACGGCUGCGUCUAAUUUCGAUACAUUAUCUUUUCUAUGCACCAGUUCAAACCCCCAACCCUUAUCCGAUCUGGUUAGCACAAUACUUCCGUUUUUGCGAAGUUCCCUGAGGCUAUCGAGAUAAACCCUUGUCAAGGACCUUUGUUUCUUGGAGCCUUCCUUAAGUACUGUUGACAGCAAUUAACCAUAGUCGACUUAAGAUAAUCAACUUCACUGGCCCAAUAGGUUUUAGAUCGACAGUCGGGCUAACUAGAUUCCUGAACUGGGUUUCUAACUCUAACUGCUUCAGCAUCCGCCGUGAAUUACAAGACGUAGGACCAAGAGAUAGUACCUCUACGAGAGUUUUGUCAAGUCGUACUGAGGAAUAGUUAUGAACGUGCCAUCCCGGAUUGUUCGGAAGGGCCGUCUGAGCCCUCGCUCGUUAGGCACUUCGUAGGAGCUUAGUCCACCUGGCCUCGGUCCUUUUACUUCUGACAGUUUGCACGUAAUCUUCAAACGCCAGUCUCACUCAGUUUUCAAGACGGUCGAGGGUCGGUGCUCUCUGGCACCAUUUCCGUCGGCCUCAAACUCUGCAGAAAACUUCGGCGUGGGGUGUGCACUGUCAAACCUAUGGACUAAAAGUGAUAAGUAAACACACCCUCUGUAUUGUUAGAAAACUAUGCGGAAAGCAGUCACUGCUGUUCGGUAGUUUUGCGAAAAUUCGAACGGGCACAAGGUCAGUAUGAUGGUCCCUUUCAUGGAGGAUGUACACGCGUGUUUAUCCAGAGGUAUAGGCGGUGAGCUAUACACAGGUCUGUUAUAAAAACCUGCUAGUCAGUUCAUAGUACAGUUAGACACAGGAAAAAGCACAGACAACAUGGGAGGAAUUAAAACGGGUUUUUCACUUUCCAUCUUUUAGGCGGCUUACUUUUCACGUGCUGAUAAGGCACUCUUCGGUUUUGCCGCCUACUUCCGUCACGCCGCCGAAGAGGAGAAGGAACAUGCGCGUGAAUUUACCGAGUUUAUUACCCAACGCUUUGGCACGGUCAUCUUCAAAAAUAUCAAUGCAAGUUUCUUGUUUAUUCUUCUGUCUGUCUGCUUAUGGUCUGAAGUGAAAGGUUCGAAGUAGUCGCCGCAUCAUCAAUUUGCGUUGGCUAUUGCUGCACAUGUCCGACCUCCUUUUACACUCUAUUCACUCAUGCACCUCCUUCUCCUACCUGACAUGAGGCCGCCAUUUCCACUUUAACUGUGUUACUAUUUUAUGUCGUCCACCUUCAACAAUAUUAACAAGAAGAAGGCUGGAUUGAUGGGGCAUGACAUUCGUCUGUCCAACGUUUCGAAUUCACUUUUGAAAUCAAUCAUCAGAGCCGGCGAAAAACCUGAUGGUGUGGCUUUGAUGUGGAGUGAUGAAGUCUGGACAAUUAAACCCCAGAAGCAAAUCACUAUGCAUAUCGAAUUCUUCCGAUAUGUCAGUUAAUUUAUUUGUUGAUGUCCCUAAGGAGGAGUUCGAGAGUUGUUCUGAAACUUCUGGAAAAUGCUAUUCUCGUCUAAACUACCGACUCUCUCUUAUCUCACCGUCUGAGUGCGUGCGGCUCAAACGGACUCCUUUUUGAAGUAGGUAAGUAAGUAGGAGACAAGUGCGCAUUCACUUGUCGCAGUUUGCGACCGACUACGAGAGUCUGUCCAACUCAGGUGACAAAAACCACCAUCAGCGUUGACUUGCGCGUGAAUUCGUUUAUAAGGAAGCCUAAAUGCGAAGAAUCCAUCUGCCGUCAUUUUUCACAUCAAUCAUGCUCUAACUGGAAAAAGUCAGAACGACUGAAUAUGAACGAUUGCGGAAUGGACAACAGCAGAAGUAAAAUUAUUCUUGCAAGCUAUAGACGGGUUUAGUCCCUAAUUUACAGCCCUCCGAUCGCACAAGAAUAGGAAUGGGCUAAAAGCCACACCAAAGUAAAACCACUGCAGUCUUAUUCCUUUUUUUCGGAGGACAGUGUUGGCCUGUCUAUUCGCAAUCUUCCAGUUCAGAACGUUUAAUGUGUUGUAGUCGUUUGAAAUCAUAGCAACUAUAUAAUAGUGGGAUAUGGCACUGUUAUAGCCAUGAGGAAUGUGACCUCAAUCUUGCUUCACUCUUCCUCUCAAAUGUGCUAGUAGUCUGCCUGAGUUAAGUCGACUGGGUGAGAUUUGUCGCCUAGGCCAAGACGGGAGCCAGGACAUACGUUAACCAGUCUGCAGAAAGGCAGCGCGAGGCCUUAACUACCGUCCUACAUUUUGGGGGAAGUGUUGGUGGCACACCUAGGCGCGAGUUCUCGCGCCGCAUUGGCCACGCCACCCAAUCGCAUCCCUAGCUGCUUGAAGGGCUCCGAAAGUCGACUGGUACAUGGGAGAGGGAGGGCUGAGUGAGAUCGAAAGUGGAAGAUCCACGUCCAGGGCACUUCAGUCCAUUCCUCACUUUAAUAAAUCUGAGGGGAUAGAACCUGUCAUGACGCGUCAAACGUCGUGGCCUCGAGGGUUACCAACUGUCGGAAUGAGUCGCUACUUAACAGAAAUUAGAAUCAGGCUGUAGUGGUUCCUUGUAAGUGUGACCUUGUAGAAGCUUGGUAUAUGCUCUGGAGACCCGGUCGUGUGUGGCAAGCAUAGACGGGCCGGUUACAAUAGGUGUGUAAACUCAUGAAAUGUCAACCGAACUUUCGAAAUGGGCUUUCGUUUCGAAAGGAUCGAUUAAGUAGGAUUGUAAAAUUAAUCAUCUUGCGGCAUAAUUAUAUAAUAAUUCAGUCACCCCGUGAUGCUGACUUUCGAACGAACAUCUUUUCGGCCGCAUGCAAAGCCAGACUUUGUAAAAAAUGACUACAUAAGUAGCAUGCAUUUUUAUCAUUGAUUUUCGAUGCCCUUAAAAAUUCAAUCAUAUUUCGUGGAAAACAUGCAUAAAAUAUGCAUUCUUUCUCACAUUUAGUAGAAAAUUACGCCUUCUUUCAAUUUUAUAUUCGAAGAAAGGGUAAAAUUCAGUUUUCAAAACCUUUUCCAAGUACCGAAUAAUUUUAAACCCGGCCUGCCGUUACACUUGCGUUCAGGCUUUUCAAACUACUGGUACUCCAAGUAUGAAAAGCCAUAAAUUUCCCUUCGGCAUCAAGGGAAGACCAUAUCAGACUCAUAAACUUUGACAGUGGAUUUGAGCCAUAUUGUUAACUUUACAAGCUACAUUGGUAAAUGCUGAAAUACGUUUUAUAAACGGCCAUUUCACGAUCUUAAAAAAUCUCACAAUUAGAAAUUUUUUUCGGAAGUUCGGUUGACAUUUCAUUAGUAAGCCCACCUACUGUCUCUUUGUUGGCUACUGUGAUCGUGCCCAUCUUUAAUCAUCUUGACAUUGUCCUACUGCCACUGCAAGGUUAAGGAUGAAGGAGGGGGUGCAGUAGGCGCUGCGAAAGUCCGCCCCACUAUCAACCAAUUAACGUGUAAUUAGUCAGUGAUGCGCCCGCCUCAGAGGACACACGAUGGAUGCCAUCGCAUCAGACUGUCGGGUAUGAGGCUGGACGCAUUGACUGAUGUGGCACAAAGUCGCCGUUUAACGAUCUCCGCACGCAGAUAGGAUCUCACAUGCGUGGCAAGUGUCACAAAGGCCGGAUUACAAGGAGGAGUCCUUGCAGUCUCAAAAGCGAGUAGAGUUAUUUCGUCAACUGUAGGUCUUCGAAGCCGCACCUUUCAACUCCCCGGAUAGUUAAAAUGCAUCAGAUUUAUUACAGUGAAAAAUUCCUCAAUUAUCACGAAGCAACUAGUUAAAGAAAGUCAGAUAGUGUGCUACGAAGAUGCAUACGGUGAGGAGUCUACGAUCGUCCUUAUUUUGCCAGACUGCACAAAAAUAUUUCAAUUAGUUAGUGUUCUAAAAUCGAACAUAACUGGCUGGUGAAGGGAUCCCUAUAUGGCGACUAUGGCUCCCAUUUAAGUAGGAAUGAAGAACCAUCUGAUCCAGACGACCUUAGCUAAUAAAACUGGACAGCUAACAGUUCAUAAAAUCCAACUCCAGUAGAAGGUCUCCUGCCAAUCUUAUGGAUUUCAGAAUGAGAGGAACAACAUAUUCUUUCGUGUGUGAUGUCACUUUGGAAAACGUGUACAAUUUUAUUUACAAUUAGCUGAUUUGAUGUAUUUUCUCUACUCUAGUUGCCCCUUGACAUGCCGGCUACUUGGGGCAGUCCCGUCGACGCUCUGAAGGCUGCUCUUCAACGUGAGGCUGAUGUCUAUAAUUCUAUUCUCAAUGCAUACAACAGUGCGGAGAGGCUCCACGACUUCCAUGUAUGUAGCAGUUUUAUAAAACUCUUUUCACCCGACGAACAAAAUACUGGGAAAUGGUCAGUGGUGUUUUAAUGCUAGCGUAAUGGGGAACCAGUCGGAAGCUGUUGAUUACGAGCCGUGAAAGGAAUACGCAUCCCGAAAGCACUAUCUGCUGAACUCGAUAACGAGGGAUUAAGUCGAAUUUUCGCACCACUUAUAGAGCCCAUCUUUCGAGUUCAGCCAGAAUAAAAACAAUUCAUUAGCUCGAAAUGUGAUUUAACAAAUCAGAUUAAUUUCCUGACACUGAGAGUCUCAGUAUUGAUCUUGAACGAAGCCAGAAAUCAGGGUCUGGCCUGCAUGGUGAGGGUAGAGAGGGGGCCGGUUCUACACAUGUACUUACAGAAUCAUGCCUCGAUUCCAGUGCCCCGAUCAACUCGCCUGCUGCGUUGGGUGCGACUCAUUGAAAUUUUGAACAUGGCAUCAUCAUCUUUGACAAAAUAUUGGUCAAUGAUGACAAACAAAAAUUCGUCUCUUGUAAGCGCGAUAGCCAGACAGCUACAAUAAUGUGUUUUGAUUGGGUUGUGGAGGAAGAGUGAAAUAGGGAAUAUUUUUAUGAAAGGCCUUGCAAACUUUUGUUCGAACAUGUUAUGGUAGUAAAGCCCGUGUAAGAAGGUGAAAAUUGUUAUAUUGUUUGUCAAAUGACACUAAGCCAUUUAUGAUCAAGGUUACAUAUGACUGGCAUUCUGUAAGACAUUAUAUAUUCAGCAUACAUAUAAAUAUAACCUUUUUAAGAUCACUAAAGAGGACCUACGCGCGUCCGAUCACUUACCUAGAUAAAUGCUAAGUCACAACCCCCUUUCCAUUCCUCAACAUUUCAUCUCCCGUUUCCUCACGUCAGACUACUUACAUAGACCUAUUUCCUCCAGACUGUUCUGAUUCAUUUCUCUUCUCCAUAGUCGCAAGAAUUCUUGGAUCACUUUGCCAAAGAACAGGCGACAGCACUGUUUAAACUCAAAUCCCUCAUCACUCGGUUGGACGGAAAGGGUCCGGCAGUGGAAUAUCACAUCGACCGCGAAUUGGCUGAGAAGCCUUCGAUGCAUUAA